AUGGUUUCUAGCCUCUCUGAGGACGAGCUGAUCGCGCCCGAUGUUAGUGUUGUUAUCGUGGAUAGCUCGCCGCGCGCUAUAACCACUGACCCCGCCACCACAGCUCUUAGCCCACCACUGGUGCUAGCGCCAGCACCCGCUACCUCUCCUAUUGCUGUUGAACCACUUCUGCUGAGCCAACCGACUACUUUAGCCACCCCAGCUACUAGGGAAACACCGACUCGUCCAGCGACAUCGACGGUGGAGACGAUCGCGCGGCUUUUGGCGGAGCUCGACUCUGAUGAUGAUGAUAACCGCGUCUUCGCCCAAGUGCCAGCAACCCCGUCGCCACCAAAGGCAUCAACAACUACAAGCAAAUCAAUCACUGCUGAUAAUAAUGAUACCACUAAUGAUACCAUCAAACGAGUAAAGGCUGCCACUAUCACCACCAGAACGAGGGCUCCCAAACGAAGGGCACCCACCACGCCACCUCGAAAGCGCCCAACGCUUCUGUCAUCGCCACCGGCGCCAGCUGUAUUCACCGACCCUAUCAGUUCGCUGCCAACACCAUUACCGCCACCGCUAACACCUCCAACCACAGCAGCAGCCACCGUCGCACCAGCACCACUACUGCCGUACUCAGGGCCAGGCGCCGAAUACGUUCUUGCCCACCCUACCCCGGCUCAAUUGCAAGAGGCCAACCGCAUUUCCCGGCUGAAGGAAGAGCUUUUGGGGCAAAUGACGCUCUACUUCCCCCAUAGCGUGUACAACGGCUUCGACAAGCCAGCUCUAGCUCACCACUUCCCCGGCGACCGUAUGGCUACCUAUACUUGUGAGCUUCCGCUCCUCUACUGGCGGCGUCGUGCCAAAUGCGUAUGGGACGAGCGCCGGCGCCAGUUUCUCGCGUGUCGCCCGUUUGACAUCGAUGAGCUGGUAGCGGUAUUGUUUUACAAUGCCGACGACUUUGUCGACAAAUUGACCACCGAUACAUUACAAGACGACGUCACUGCCGCCAAACAAACAUACCCCGAGCUCAUCGUGUUUGUCGAAGGGCUCGACCUCAUCUACCGUCGCAUCCGCAAGCUCGUCAAUGCCCACCACCGCGCCGACAUGCUUGAUAAAAUGGGCGAAAAGAGCACUCGCCCCAAAGAACCCAUACCCAGUUAUACCGUCGACGACAUCGUCCACAAAAUUAAUGCUCUCCAACACCACCACCGCGUCAACGUGUUCAGUGUCAAUUCCCACCAAGAGGUCGGCGAGUGGUUAGCACUUCUCACCGUGUGUGUCGCCGAGCGCUACUACGGCGCCAGUAAAGACCCCCGUGGCGGCGCCCACGUCAAGCUGGGCAGUGACAGCGAGCUGACGUUCGUGCUGGCGAUGAUGCAGUUCCGCAUGGUCACCCGCAAAAAGGCACAGCUGCUCUACCUGGCGUUCCCGCUGCUCCAGAAGGUCUACGACCAGCUACGCAUUCACGGGUCGAUCGGCGUUGACAGCGAAGACAAAAACAUUGUGCCGCCGAGUGUCGACCGCAUGAUGCUUAAGUUCUUUACUGCUGAUGACCCGUCAACGCCCGUGAUGGAGUAA